CGCCCCCCGCAGGUAUUUAAGGUCUGAGAGGACCUGACCGGGUGUUGUUGGUGACAUCAGACGGCUCCCAGGAGGGAGACCCACGUCUCCAUGGAUUUUGUUGCUGGAGCCAUCGGAGGCGUCUGCGGUGUUGCUGUGGGAUACCCCCUGGACACGGUGAAGGUCAAGAUCCAGACGGAGCCCAAGUACACAGGCAUCUGGCACUGCGUCCGGGACACGUACCUGCGCGAGCGGGUGAGGGGCUUCUACAGGGGCCUCUUGCUGCCCAUAAGCACGGUGUCCCUGGUCUCGUCGCUGUCUUUCGGCACCUACCACCAGUGCCUCACCCGCAUCUGCCGGUUCCGGUAUGGCAGCGCCGACGCCAAGCCCGCCAGGACCGACAUCACACUCUCGGGCUUCGCCUCCGGCCUCGUCCGUGUGUUCCUGACCUCGCCUACCGAGGUGGCCAAGGUCCGCCUGCAGACGCAGAAACAGACGCAGAAACAGACGCAGACCCAGACGCAGCUGCAGCAGAGGCGGCGGUCCUCGGCCUCGUGGCCCUCGGCGGUGCCCCCGGUGUGCCCCGCCCCUCCUGCCAGUCAGGUGCCCGGGCCCAAGUACCGGGGGCCGCUGCACUGCCUGGCCACGGUGGCCCGGGAGGAGGGGCUGCGGGGCCUGUACAAGGGCAGCUCGGCCCUGCUCUUGCGGGAGGGCCACUCCUUCGCCACCUACUUCCUCUCCUACUCCAUCCUCAGCGAGUGGCUCACCCCUGCCGGCCACAGCCAGCCAGAUGUCUCGGGCGUGCUGCUGGCCGGUGGCUGCGCGGGGGUCCUGGCCUGGGCCGUGGCCACCCCCAUGGACGUGAUCAAGACUCGCCUGCAGGUGGACGGGCAGGGCCAGCAGCGCUACCGGGGCCUCCUGCACUGCGUGGUGACCAGCGUGCGGGAGGAGGGGCCGCGGGUCCUCUUCAAGGGGCUGACGCUCAACUGCUGCCGCGCCUUCCCCGUCAACAUGGUGGUCUUCGUGUCCUACGAGGCCGCGCUGCGGCUCAGCCGGGGCCUGCUCAAGUAGCCGUCCCCCCGCCGAGGGCCAGAGGAGCUGGAGGAGGCCCAGGGGAGUGUCCCCACCGGGUGGCCACCCAGGACAGCGGGGAGCCGCCCCGAAGACAGGCAGCUGGGGCUUGGGCGUGGUCCGCCAGCUACAGCGCAGAGAAGGUCAAAGCCACCUGCUACCAGCAGGGUUGGCCUGAGCGUCACAGGAGCAGGAAGGAGCGGCCUCUUGGGUGAAGAUACUGUCAUGUGGAGUCCUGGGCGCAGGUGGUCAGGUGUUCAUGCCAACCUCCCCCACCCCGUGUCUUCAGAGCACCCCGUGUCUGCACCACCACUUACUCAGCUGUCCUCUGGGCCACCACCCAGCCCCUUGCUAUUUAGGGUACCCAAGGCCCUUAGAUGCAGCUCACCCAGGCUCCCCCCUUCC